AUGCAGGCCUUUGUACCAAAGAACAGAAGACCGAAAUUCGAGCUCAAACUAACUAUAAUCGAUCUCAACAACAUCCCUUUAGUUGCGGGGACGUCAUAUGUGAAAUGGCAUCUCCCAUCCUCAAUAGCCGCAGAGCACCGCGGGCAUACAGAUCGAGCCGUGAUCCAAGAUCACCGCGCGUCAUGGGACUAUGAGAAAGAGUUACCCAUCAAACUCACAAUAGAUCGAAAUCACAUGCUUCAGGAAUGUGACAUCUCAUUCGAGAUAUUCCAAGAAUUCUCCUCUGGAAGUCGAGGGGAUCGCAUAACGUUGGGCAAUAUCAAGCUCAAUCUUGCGGAAUAUGUUGAUAAAAGUGAAGACGAUAAUGGGAUUGUGAGAAGGUAUUUGAUGCAGGAUAGUAAGAUUAAUAGCACGCUCAAAGUGGGCAUAUUUAUGCAGCAGGUUGAAGGGGAUAAGAAUUAUAUCACGCCUCCUUUGAAAUCGGCCAUGGUAUUCGGCGGCAUAGCCGGCAUCCUACCGCCCGAGCAUGGCGAAACAGAAGAACUAGGCAGCCUACCAUCUAUCAACGUCAGCCGCGAAACCGGUGACUUGCAAGACAUGUACCGUCGCACUUUAGCCGCGUCCUGGACCGCGAAAGGUGACGAGCUUCUACCAGACCAAUUAAUCGAAGAUAUAUUUGCUGGUGGUCGCGGCGUCCCAUCUGCCACACGAUCAGGAGCCCGAUCAGAGCGCGCAGACGAUGAUGACGGUAGUAUAAGCGAUGCCGGUUCUCGUACGACAGUCCAGGAAAAUCGGUCAGAUAAUAAACGACCCAAAAGCGCGUUGAGUAGUCGGUCAAGAACAGAUUUGAGAGAUACGGAUAGUACGAUGAGUAGUGGACGGGGUAGUCUUGAGAGCUCGUUUCAGGAUACCAAGGAAAAGGCUUGGAAGAGCUCCAAACCUAGUCAUGAGGUAUCGGAGUUUGAUGUUCGGGAUGACCUUAGGACGUGGGAGGUUACUGUGCAUGAUUGA